UAUCUUCCCAGACAGGAACCUGACCCGCUGGACGAUGGCGUUACCCUGGCUGCUGCUGCUGGAGUUGGCUCUGUACAUCAGCUGUUUCGUCUGUGGGAUUGUUACCGCCGCAGCCAUCACCAUCGUCCAGGGUAACUUCGGAGGCCGCUGCAUGCUGUAUGGAGUCGUCAAAUACAACGACACGGCCGACCUGAUUGGAAUCCAGUCGGCCAGCUCCUCGUCCCUGUGCUACUUUGUGUCGGCCGUCUCGGUCACGGUGGCGGUGGUGUGUUUCUCCCUGUCUCUGUACGGCCUCUACAUGUACUGCGUCGACGGGGAAGUCUCAAGGCAGCGCACGUGGAUGAGCGUCAUCAUGGCGCUGAGCGCCGUCUUCCUGUUCUUCCUGCUCAUCACGGGCUGCGUGGCGAAGAUCGGACGGGACUCGCUCUGCAACUCGGUCAUCAAGAGCGUUCCCAACGUCACCAGCUGUGAAGAGGCCCAGACCAGAAAGUGGGUCAGGCCACUUGAAGGGGCGAGGUUCUACAACAGUCUGGUCAAAGCCGAGACGGCGGUGUGGGUCAACUUCUUCCUCUGGCUCAUCAUCGGAGCGCUGGUGGUCUUCCAGAGGCGUCGCGGUUCAGGGUCUAAGAAUAUCGCCGGAGGGUCCGGCGGGCCGGCCGGAGGGCUUUUCGCCGACGCCGGGGUAACGGCUGCAGAGACGGAGCCAUUUUUUAACCGCUCCUAAAGGCCACGGUGAAGGGGGCGGGGCUUAGUUUGCUUUUUGGAUGUUUGCGGCCCUUAAGUUCAAUAGAACCGCUGUGGCUCGACGAGGACGGGAUUCGAACCCACGCGUGCGUUGCUGCCUGACCACAUGAUCCCAAGCGUGGCCUGCCGAUGUGUACAUUCACAUCCCAUGUCUGACCUCUGGAUCACAGUCGUUCAAUACGUAUUUCUGUUUACACCACAAGACAUAGGAGUGUUUUUUGCAGGCUUUUUAAUUGGAAUAAAUGUGCUCCGAUUUUGUAUUUUUGAUGCGACUGGCAGAUGUGUGCUUUGUAAACAGACAACGUUUAUAAAUGGUCCUUAAAAGCUUCUUUUUUAUUUUGUACUUUUGUGUUUCUCCGAUGUGCCCAGCAGUUUGACUUCUGUAUCUUUUAUUUUAUAUUUAUAAUGAAUGGUUUCAUUGGACAUCGAGUCAUUUCUCUUCUUUUCAUCUCAGAGUGUUUGUCAUGUGAUCUCAGAUGGUUCAGUCCAACUAUGUGAACAAAAGAAACGCCGCACAGAGAAACAACAACAUCUUACAAUAAUAAUAAUUUGAGGGUUUUUUUCACUUUUGAGUGUGACGUUCUGAACACUCUCGGCCUCACCGUUACAGCCGAUGUCUACUUUGAGUUUCUCAUCAAAAACUUCCAUCAGAUUCUGUGUUUAGGGUUCAAAUACUGAUUGGACACUUGGUUUGCGGUGAUGCUUCCUCACUUUAUUGCUCUACUAUAUCAACCAAAUAAACCAGCGUUUGCUUUCUGUUAAAGCA